ACCAAUUGCGGGCGUGUAAAAGUGCUGCAAACGCCGUACAACUUGGCUCGAUCUCCACGGCUUCACAACCGCCGAAAUUUCACUCUCCGACCUGCUGACGUGCCGACGUGUUGUGGUCUCAUAAGAUCUCUCAUCUUUUUAUCAACCACGUGUUCACCCCUGGGCAUUCCCCGCCAAGUUGACGUAAUUCAGUCUCGGCGUUUUGUUUCUGUGUCAGCACAUCAUGGCCUACUUGAGCGGCGCCAACAACGAUGCGAUGGUCAAUCGACUUGUGGCGCAGGGAUUUAUUAUUUCUGCUGAAGUCGAGCAGGCGUUUAGGGUGGUCGACAGAGGAGAGUUCAUUCCUGAUGACAGAAAGGCACAGGCGUAUAAUGAUGCGAUGGUGAUAAAUGAUCGACAUUUUAAGACUUCUGCAUCGCAUUUCUACGCUCUGAUACUUGAAGCCCUAAAGCCAACCGCAGACAUGAAGUUCUUGAACGUUUGCUGUGGCACCGGAUACCUCACCAUGCUUGUCAGUUACCUCAUUGGUCCAGGCGGUCUCCUCCACAGCAUCGAACCCGGUGAGUCUGCAUGCAAGUUUGCAGAAGAGAAAGCAAGCAAUUUCCUAUCACGUUCGCCGUUCAAGAAUCGUUUCUGUCAUUCGUCGUUCGCGAAGACAAGCAUCUUUCACAUCACGAACAGAUACAAAUACGAUCGGAUAUACGUUGGAGGCAUGUGUCCAGGAGACAAGCUAAACUACAUGCUCUCUUUCUUAAAGAUUGGUGGAAUCAUGGUGAUGCCCGUACAAGACGAACUUCAGAGGAUUACUCGUUUGACUGGCAGGCGGUUUUCGAGACAGACGAUGGCGAUGGUCACGUUCUCGCCGAUACCGGUGCCUGCACCACAGGAUCCGAAGUCGGGUAAAUGCACUUUGUCUGACAAAGUGAGACAAGACGGAACGAAAGUGCCUUUGAAACUACCGGAAAACAAAGACCCUGUUGCUAAACGAUUGUUGUCUCGAUUUAGAGCCCUCAUUUCUGCCUUAGAAUGCCUUCCCGUCGGUGUGGAUCUUCCAAAAUCGUUGUGCUUCAUUCCAAGAACGGUCGGCAGUAUUCUGGUCAAAGACGAACUUCGUGAAAUUGGAGAAAUAUACCACAAGAAAUGUGGUGAUGUGCCAAGCACAAGGGAGGGAGAAGCUGCUGUUGACACUGAAGCCGUUGUGAAGGAUCUCAAUCACAGGAGGAGUACAGAGAUAAUGUUCUUUUGGGAAGAUCUGCGUGAUGACACGAUAUGGCAGGAAAUGGUUGAGUAUUGUUUUGCUGCUAAUGUUGAAGAUGAUGAAAGAAGAGAAGCGUGUUUUCAUCGAAUGUGCAAGGCUGCAUUGGUGAAGAAGUUGUCUCCUAACGAUCAUCACCACGUCUAUCAUGACGUUUUGAGUCGUCAGAGGCACAGAGACAUGCCGUAUCCCAUGAUGAUGGAGUCAUACCAGCAACUGAUAAUGGAACUCUUUGAAGACUCAGACUCAGACUCAGAUGACGACGGUGAAAAGAAGAUUCGAGCUGAAAGAAGAGCUCGUAUGCGUAUGAUGGGUCCGAGUCGUCGUAUGAUGCCCGAGAUGCUGAUGAUGGAAAUGAUGCACGGGUACGACCUGGAGGACGCCGACUUCUUCUUCGACGAGUUGCCAUUUAUGAUGAGAAUGGGCCCGAUGAGAAGGUUUGGAUAUGGCGGAAGGGAAAGGAAGCGGGAGUUUGAUGAAGAAAGAAAUCACGAGUCAGAGGAGACUGGUGUGUUGGAGCCGAUCAUCAGGGAUGUCCCGCCUCCCGUUCUUGGUCGGGAGUGGCCUAAUUACAAUGAUACGUCACAUGGAGAUGGCUCGGGUCGUCGUUCACAAGGUUCUUCCUCAUUGCCAACAGAUUUCUUUCCCUUUGAUGCAAUUCCACCUCUCCCUGGUGAUCCAUCGUUUGGCAGAGGCGAAUCAGGCCAAUCGGCAUAUGCCAGAGCAUUAAGAACGCGUGCUUUCUCUGAAGCCAGGUCACUUGUUGAUACGAUAAGAGCAUCCAGUGCUAGUAGAGUAUCACCAGCAAAUUUAGACAAGGUAGACGAAAUGAAAGCAGCAGCUGCAGCUGCUAAGAUGGAAGUCACACCACAAGAGAUCGAACCGGAACCAGUUCCCAUGGAAACAGAUGCUGAUCGCAAGCGAAAAGAGAAGGAAAAGAGACGAGAAGUAAAGGUGCGACGCGUUCAGGAAACGAUGGUGAGCAUGAGACGCAAACAAGGCAUCUUCAAACCGGACGACAACUACCACGCCGUUCCUGACUGGGAGUUAAUGUGCUUGAUGGCAAGCAAACCGUCGAAUGACUGGACGUACGAACAUGAUGAGGAGCUAGUGCGAUACCUACACAGGGAGAUUGAGAAAGGAUCUAUGAUAAUGAUGAAUACACCGCUUGAGAAGACGAUUACACCGGAUCUGUUUUCAGACAAAGAGAAGCUUGAGCUUUAUCCGAAGCUCGCGCCCUUCUCUCCCAUUCUUCUCACGUUUCGAAGUAUCAUGCUCAAACGCAUUGUCAGUAUGAUGGACUCGGUGCUGCAUCUAGUGGCGGGAACUUCGUCGACGACGAGUGUCAUACCGAAAGAUGAUGCAGCAACAUGUUAUUCCUGGUUCGGCGAGACGUCGUUUGUGUCUAGUCACAAGGCUCAACUUGUCCAACCAACGUGUUCAGUCUCAUCCAACUCAUCAAGUGACGAUCUCACUCAAGCCUUCAAGAGUCUAUUUGCUCUACCACAAGUUCGUCUGUUGCUGCCACUUUCACAGAAGCGUCAGUCUCUGGUCAACGCUCUUUUACGAUACAGCACAGAUCGAACAAGGAUCUUGAAGGCUCGUAUGCCGACCAUCAAUAUUGACAGGAGACAGGCACUUGAAGCACAAGAUAUGGCGAACAACUUGGACGUGUCAGUCUUCAUGCAAGUCUACAGUGAACUGAAACACGGGAAGGUGAUCAAAUAUCGAUGGCCAAGGUUGUCUCGUGAUCAAUGGUGGGAAGUCAAGUUCAUCGGAGAAGGCAUCAUUGAUCAGGGAGGAGGAUUCAGGGAUUCGAUGGCACAUAUAGCUGACGAACUGUGUCCACCAGAUCCAAAUGCCAAAAACCAUUUGCCAUUCUUUAUCAAGACUCCGAACCAGAAGAACGAAGUCGGAGAUCAUCAAGAUUGCUACAUUCCUAAUCCUUCUUGCUACGCACCCGACAUCUACAGAUGGAUAGGGCAGCUAAUGGGGGCAGCUUAUCGCAGCUCGGAGACUUUCAGUCUUGCUUUGCCACCGUACAUUUGGAAAUUGCUGUUGGGUGUGCAGGUGACAUGGGGACAAGACUAUGUGUCAGUUGAUCAAGACAUUGUGCAAAGUCUAGAUAUACUAGAAGAUAUGUCUGAUGCUGUCUAUGUCAGCGACAUGCAGUCAACCACAACUCAUGCUGUAAUGUUAAGUGACGAGUCUGUCGUUGAGCUGAAGGAGAACGGCUCACAGCAGUCGGUUCUUAGUCACGAACGUCAAGAGUACGUGCAGCUUGCGAGGAGAAUUAGAAUGACUGAGUGUGAAGAGCAGGUGUCAUGGUUGCGAGAAGGUCUAGUUUCCGUCGUCCCAGAAGGACUCCUCAGUGUCAUCACGUGGCAAGAGCUCGAAGUCAACAUCUGUGGCGACCCGGAAGUAUCACUCGACGACCUCAAAGCUCAAUGUCAUUACAGUGGCGAAUUGGCGUCCGGGUCGGAGCAGGUGCGUCAAUUGUGGAAGGCGUUGGCGUCGUUUUCGUCUCACGAUCGCAGUCGGUUUGUACGUUUUGUGACCGGAAGGAAACGCCUGCCCGCCAUGUUGACCAUAUCUCGCUCGGCGAGGCUGCUGGCUGAGGACGCGCUACCGACGGCGUCGACGUGCGCUAACACGCUUUACUUGCCCAAGUUCUCAUCGGACGAUAUGGCGGUGAGGCGACUGCGCUACGCCAUUCACAACUGCGUUGCUAUAGAUACGGAUACGAAUCCGUGGUGACCCGGAUAACGUCAAUGAUUGUAUGUUCGCUUUGCAUGUAGGAUUUGUCGUAAAUUUUUUUCCGUAAUUAAUGUAUGAGCUGCACGUUUGCUUUACAAUGACAUAAUACUGUAUAUGCA